ACAGUUAAGACCGCGAACAACCCAUUGGCUUCCUCCAUGACUAUCCUCCAAAAUUGAAUCCAGCUCCUUGGUGUUUGACCAUGGCGCCGAUGACGCGUAGCCAUGGGUUGAUUCCCCUCCCUCUCUCCGAUGGACGAGCACGGCCGACCCAGAACUUUCGCGAGACCAGCUGGCAAUUUGCAGAGUCGGGAACUCGAUCCGAACGGGAGCUCUCAGAAGAACCUCCUUCCUCGUAUGAUGAGGAAGCCGAUAUGGAGUCUCGUGGCGGCGAUGAAGAAGCUGAGUAUUAUGAAGGCCCUCCGCCUUUAGAAAGUCCAGAAGACCACGAGGACAUCCUCCACCCCCUUCGCGAAGCUGCAAACCGCGUGGGACGCGAGGUCGAAAAAUUUGCAGAGAUACUCGACAGGUAUAACCCACAGCGAGCCACAGCGAGCCACAAAAAGCAUGAGAUGGCGGUGGAGUUAAUUGAAAUUUACUAUGACGCUGCUGCAGAGACUGUGAAGCGUCUACGGGACGAGCAUGCCUCUGAGCGACGAAAGAAGGACGGUCUCCGAUGGAAGAAGAAGAUGCAAGGAUUCAAUAUGACCCAUGAUGAUGAUGAUGACGACCUGGAUUUGGAAGAUUCCGAAGAAAAUGAAUCGCCUCUCUCAGAGCGACGAACUACCUUGGAAGACCUGGAACGUUGGGAAGAAGAAGCUCAGACCUGGAAUCUAUUGAAGCGACUCGUCAGUCUUCGAUUUUCACCACCGGGAGGAGGGGCCGAUGGCAGAUCGAUUUCCAGGCUGAGGCCGAUCCACCAGUACUCAUCUGAGCGUGAGAUCUGGGACAAUUUUCUCGAGACGGAUGACCUUGCCCUAGAACGGAAGACAGUUUUACAGUGGUUAAAAGAAGCUGCAGAUGAGUCAGGUGAAGACAUCGAUGUUCUUGUUCAAGACCUCCAACAGAACGCCGAUAGGGGCGAUAUCAUUGCCCAUGGUUGGCUUCACACAAAAGCAGCCAUCAAGGGCAAGAAGCGCCUUCACUCUUCACCACAACCACUUGACCCUGCAUUACCCUCUCUUCAGCGAGGAUAUCUGAACGCCUCUGGAACGGAACCUCUUGUCACCCAGCUCGAUCCUGAUGCGACCACCCGGCAGAAGCGGAAAUUGGAGGCCCAAGAUGAAUACUUUGAACGAGCUAUUUGGCUGGGAUGUUACGAGAUGCUGCGCAGAGGAAAAAGUACAGACGAUAUUAGAGAAUGGUGUAUGGAGCGAACCGAAGUCUGGAGAGCUGUUAGCAUGUCGGGCUUUCCUGAUGAAGGAUCAGCUGAUGACCGUUUUGGAGCUUCAGGAUCCAGUGCUCUCUGGCGAAGAAUGUGCUUUGGCCUGGCUCGGAAGGGUGGCGGAGAUAAGUACGAGCGCGCAGUGUAUGGCAUCUUGAGCGGCGAUAUCCAGAGUGUGGAGUCUGUCUGCAGGUCGUGGGACGAUUUCGUAUUUCUUCACUACAACGCUUUACUGAAGACCCAGUUCGAUACCUACCUUCAGACUGUUCGCCCCCAGCCAGGAAUCUCCAGUUCCAUCUCAAAUUUUGGAGCCUUCGAUGCAGUUCAAUUCCAUGGCGACCCCAAAACCGCAGGGAAACGACUCGUUGAAACUCUCAAAAUCGACCCUCGCACCGCCACAGAGGCUUGCCAUCCCAUGAAGAUGCUUCAAGGAGUCUUGAUCGCAAAUGACUUUUCCCAUUUCAUCUACCAGCAAGGGCUUGCGCUGUCAAAGUUCGCAAACGCCAACGGGAUCUCAAGUCUUAUUCCGCCAAAUAGAUCACAGCCAGAAAACGAAGAUAUUACGAGAUACAUUGCCCUCGAUGAUCACGACAGUUUGAGGGUUCUCACACAUGUUCUUCUAGUGUUCAUGGCCUUGGGACUUGAUCUGGGCGGGAUUCUGCGCGAGACGGAAGUUGAAAAUGUUAUCGUCGCAUAUAUCAGCUUUUUACGUCUUGCCGGCAAGGAAGAGCUUAUUCCCUUGUAUUGCUCUCAACUUUCUGGCAAGAGGAAGUAUGCUAUCCUCUGUCGAAACCUCAUUGAUGUAACAGACCAUGAGCAACGAGUUACCCAAAUAAAACUGAUGAGGGAACUUGGCCUUGAUGUUCAAGAAUUUGUUGGCCUCCAGGCACGAUUUCUGCUUGGGGACUACAAAGACACUACGACAGGGUAUCCCGCGACUGGCAAUUUCAAGCUUCUCGAAGGAGAUCCAAAUUGCUUCGGGACUAUCCGCAAGGUUACCAGGGAUUUCUUAGGAGAUGACCCCGACAAGGUGGAAAGAAUCGAUAUGUUGCUUAUUAGAAGUCUGGAGUGGUAUCUUCUUGUCGACGGUCUGUGGAGUGAGACUUUCACUGUUGGGUCUAUGCUCUACCUACGAUUUUUCAAACACUUGCACCUUAACGCAGCCAGGACGCUAGCCUCAAGAAUCACAAGUAACGCUAUAGCAAAGUGCAAGACACGUGCUAUACUAGGCGAGUCUCUCGACUUCUUUGGUCUAGAAUCGGGCGAUGAUGAAGACUUGACUGAAGUACUUGAUGGCUCUGGGGAGCAAAAGAGACUUCUGAGGAAACACUUACUGGCCGAGGCAAAAAGCUUCCGAGAACUUGAAACUCUGAUAGAGUGUCUAGACCACAUCGAGACAGUGACCAGUAUGGCAGCACUUAUGAAAGAGGAUGGUGCCAGUUCAGAGAGAAAUUGGCGGGGCCAGCUUGCCAAAGCAUUUCAGCCCACACAGGCCUCCGUUCAGCCAUUACUGAAGGGAUGGUUACUUACAAGCCCAAACGAGGGACUUCAAGCGGAAUUCAAGCUUCUAAGAGAGGCAUAUCUCCCAGAAACUUUACUGGCUUAUAUCGUGUCCCUGCAGUUUGCAGGCAAUGCCUUGACUCGCGACUUUCUCAUGGAAUGCAUGGAACUGUCUGCACUGAUUGCUCAAGAGAAUUCCGAUCUCCUGACCCUUUUCAUUGAAACGGGGCGAAUGCAGGAACUGGUUGACGCUCUCGCCAUGGCUAGCAAAACACUAUUGCUCGUCACGUCUGCCAGGCAGGCUCCUGGAUCAAGAAGUACUUCCAAGAAGAUGCGCUUGAAAGGAUUCACACAAUCCUUGUGGAACGUAAAGCCUUAAAUAUGCUUGGUUAGGAUAAACGCUGAGCCAGCUUGGAACAACCUGGUGGUACAGAAAACUGAAUAGUGAAGGAUGGGUUACACGGCAAUCUGUAGAUAACACCGAAGUCAUCAACAAGGCCGCUGACUGGCCGAGAUUUCUCUUGAGUUUUGAUCUCCAGCCACGCCACCUUGCC